AUGAUACGACACUUUGCUAAGAAUAGGUUGUCGCUCGGAGACCCUAAUAUUCCACCGCAAAAUGAAGUGCGAAUUGCAAACUGCGCACUGAGCCGAAAUUCAGGAGCCUAUUUAGAAGAAAGCCACAAAAGGGUUGCAAGCGGACCUCCCAAAGAACCCAACCCAGCUGUCGCAUUCUCACGAUUAGUCGCCGAAAUUGCUGAGACUCGACAGAGAGAGAACGGGAACAAGUCAGGACGUACAGCAGAAGCUACAACCCUAGAAAAAUCACUCUCAUCUCACGGUACUAGGCAUGAACAUUCUAUGUUGUCAUGA